AUGGCAUCCGAUCCCUUUGAUGACGUCCUCAACCUGGAGGACCAAUACUACGACCAGGGCUACCAGCAGGGGUACGACGACGGCUACCAGGCGGGCAAGAUCGAGGGCCGCUCCGUCGGCCUCAAGACGGGCUACGAGAAGUUCCUGGAAGCCGGGCGCAUGCAGGGCAAGGCCAUCGUCUGGGCCAACCGCAUCUCCAAUUUGAGGGCAGCAGCCGCAGAGAACAGCGCGGAGUUGAAGUCGCAGCCCCAAGACGCAUCCGCCGCGGCCACAGAUCGUCGCCCGCUUCCCGCGCUUCCUGGGAACCCUAGGCUGGAGAAGAAUGUCACGUCGCUGUAUGCGCUCGUGGAACCCGGCACGCUGUCAACUGAGAACAACGAUGAGGCGGUCAACGACUUCGAUGACCGGGUGAAACGGGCUCAGGGCAAGUUGAAGAUUGUUGAACGGAGCGUGGGAGAGGACCGCGAGAAGGAUGCCCCUCAGAGCCCCCGCCAGGGCCGUAAUGAGAUAUGA